ACUGCAUCAUCCACCCAUCAUCCAUCUGACUCAUCCAUCCGUUAUAGAACAGAAAUCUGCGCCUUCUCCGGCUUCAAGAUCUAUCCUGCCAAGGGUAAGAUCUAUGUUCGCACUGACAACAGAGUACGUAGACAUUCUUUUGGUUUUGACACGACAUUGAGAGAAAAGCAUCAGCAUUGCCAUCGAAUUACAUACUAACUACUCCAUUCUCAUUCAGUCCUUCCGUUUCGUCAACGGCAAGUGCGAGUCUUACUUCAAGCAACGUUUGAACCCUCGCAAGAUUGACUGGACCGUUGUCUACCGUCGUAUGCACAAGAAGGGCAUCACGGAAGAGAUCGCCAAGAAGCGUACCCGUCGCACUGUCAAGCACGACCGUGCCGUCGUUGGUGCUUCCUGGGAUGCUAUCCGUGCCAAGCGCGCUCAGAAGCCUGAGGUCCGUGCCGCUGCACGCCAGGCUGCUGUUGCCAAGAGCAAGGAGGCAAAGAAGGCCAAGGCUGCCACCAAGGCAUCCAACCCCCAACAGCCCAAGGUCAGCAAGCAACAAGCUAAGGGUUUCGCCCCUAAGGCUGCCGCCACCUCCCGCUAAAUUACGUUCAACCAUGCCGGUCCAAUGCUGGUCGAUUUCAAUCUAAUUCUUCGGUGGAAUAAAAUCAAUUGAAGAUUACUGUCUCUACUAGAUUUAUGGAUGCAUGUGUGUGGUAGAAAUUUUUGGGAACACCGACUUGAAUGACAUGUAUCGACUACUAUGGGAACCGGAAAAUGUGAAAGAAUGAGCUGGAGGAGAGUGAUUAGUGUGUUCCCAACCCUGAGCUCUUGAGUAACGUUUGGUAGGCACACCAUGUUC